CUAAGUGAGUGAGUGAGUGACUAAGUGAGUGACUAAGUGACUAAGUGAGUGAGUGACUAAGUGAGUGAGUGAGUGGAGUCAUAGUCAACCUCACCUGCAUCACAAUCACAGCUCCCUCGUGCAGCAGAUGGAGAUGAACAGGAACUUUGCCCUGGCCCAUGAUCUCCCCGUGCGUCACCGCUAUGCCGUCUCUCCUCACCACUCCGGCGUCUUCCCCGUCCAUGAGCCGCUGUACCGUGCCUGGCACGCCGUCUGGGCUAUAGAGGUCUCCAGCACCGAGGAAUAUCCUCACCUAAGGCCAGCCCGUGCCAGACGGGGGUUCACUCACCUGGGUGUCAAGGUGUUACCCAGACAGACAUGCGGACUUUUCACCCACACGAUCCGCUACGCUGAAUUCCCGGGCGGUGCGAUGGAACUGGAACGUAGCAUCCACGGAGGGGAACUCUUCACUACGAUACUUCUAACUCCUGUGAACAUCUUCAUGACCCAUCUGUCCAACUACGGGAACGACCGUCUGGGCCUGUACACCUUCGAAAGCCUGGUGUCUUUCCUGAGCUGCUACACCCACCUGGAGCUGUCAACGCUCACUCCGCCGCUGAUGGCACAAGCCUACUUCUCCCUGUACCCCGGGGACACUCACCCAGUGUGGCAGAAUCCUUGCCAUGAUAAACGUCACAAGGACAUUUGGUCGAAGGAGAAGACUUGUGACAGACUGCCUAGUAUCAUCAUCAUUGGACCCCAGAAAACUGGUACCACAGCUCUGCACACAUUCCUGAAGCUGCACCCCAACGUGGUGACAUCCUACCCCAGCCCCUCAUCGUAUGAGGAAGUUCAAUUCUUCAGUUCCACCUCCAACUACCUGCGGGGCAUAGACUGGUACAUGGAUUUCUACCCCUCUCCGUCUAACGUAUCGUCUAGCGAUUUCCUCACCGACAAAAGUGCCAACUACUUUGACUCCGAGCUGAGCCCACGGAGACUCCACUCACUGAUUCCACUCGCCCGUCUCAUCACGCUCCUUACACCACCAGGGCUACGGGCCUACUCCUGGUACCAGCAUCAGAAGGCUCACAACGACCCAGCCGCUUUGAACCACUCCUUCUACGAGAUCAUCACAGCCACAUCACCACCACCAUCACCACCACCACCACCAUCACCACCACCACCACCACCAUCAGCUGAGGUGGUGGUGUUGCGUAAUCGCUGUUUGUAUCCGGGGCUCUAUGCUCGGCACUUGGAAGCCUGGCUGAAGUACUUCCCUGCGGGCCAGCUGUUGAUCUUAGACGGGAUGGAGCUGCGUCGAGAUCCCGUCUCUCUGAUGUCCACGCUGCAGAAGUUCCUCGGCUUAACUCCCAUCCUGGAUUACAGCACCUUACUCAAAUACGACGUUGAGAAGGGCUUCUGGUGCGUCCUAUUUGGACGUCGAUGCGAUGUUCGGUCUCAAUGUCGGUUUGGUUGUGUGGUGGUGCCGUUUGUACCUAGAUACGACGUCGAGAAGGGCUUCCGGUUCGUCCUAUUUGGACGUCGAUACGACGUUCGGGUGCGAAGUCGGUUUGGUCGUGCGGUGGUGCCGUUUGGACAUUGAUACAACGUUCGGUCGCGAUUUCGGUUUGGUCGUGCGGUGGUGCCGUUUGGACGUCGAUACGACGUCGAGAAGGGCUUCUGGUGCGUCCUGUUUGGACGUCGAUACAACGUUCGGUCUCAAUGUCGGUUUGGUCGUGUGGUGGUGCCGUUUGAACCUAGAUACGACGUUCGGUCGCGAUGUCGGUUUGGUCGUGCGGUGGUGCCGUUUGGACCUAGAUACGACGUUGAGAAGGGCUUCCGGUUCGUCCUAUUUGGACGUCGAUGCGACGUUCGGUCUCAAUGUCGGUUUGGUCGUGCGGUGGUGCCGUUUGGACCUAGAUACGACGUCGAGAAGGGCUUCCGGUUCGUCCUAUUUGGACGUUGAUACGACGUUCGGGUGCGAAGUCGGUUUGGUCGUGCGGUGGUGCCGUUUGGACGUUGAUACAACGUUCGGUCUCAAUGUCGGUUUGGUCGUGCGGUGGUGCCGUUUGGACCUAGAUACGACGUCGAGAAGGGCUUCUGGUGCGUCCUAUUUGGACGUUGAUACGACGUUCGGUCUCAAAGUCGGUUUGGUCGUGUGGUGGUGCCGUUUGGACCUAGAUACGACGUUCGGUCGCGAUGUCGGUUUGGUCGUGUGGUGGUGCCGUUUGGACCUAGAUACGACGUCGAGAAGGGCUUUUGGUGCGUCCUAUUUGGACGUUGAUACGACGUUCGGUCUCAAAGUCGGUUUGGUCGUGUGGUGGUGCCGUUUGGACCUAGAUACGACGUUGAGAAGGGCUUUUGGUGCGUCCUAUUUGGACGUCGAUACGACGUUCGGUCUCAAAGUCGGUUUGGUCGUGUGGUGGUGCCGUUUGGACCUAGAUACGACGUUCGGUCUCAAUGUCGGUUUGGUUGUGCGGUGGUGCCGUUUGGACCUAGAUACGACGUCGAGAAGGGCUUCUGGUUCGUCCUAUUUGGACGUCGGUGCGACGUUCGGUCUCAAUGUCGGUUUGGUUGUGCGGUGGUGCCGUUUGGACCUAGAUACGACUUUCGGUCGCGAUGUCGGUUUGGUCGUGUGGUGGUGCCGUUUGGACCUAGAUACGACGUUGAGAAGGGCUUCUGGUGCGUCCUAUUUGGACGUCGAUACGACGUUCGGUCUCAAUGUCGGUUUGGUCGUGUGGUGGUGCCGUUUGGACCUAGAUACGACGUUCGGUCGCGUUGUCGGUUUGGUCGUGCGGUGGUGCCGUUUGGACCUAGAUACGACGUUGAGAAGGGCUUCUGGUUCGUCCUAUUUGGACGUCGGUGCGACGUUCGGGUGUGAAGUCGGUUUGGUCGUGCGGUGGUGCCGU